AUGUCUUCUACAAGCCGUAACGUUACUACACAAGGCAGUCAGGUUUCCCGUCCUUCCAACUCCAACGAGAUUGCUAGACUUCAAAAGGGAGCCGAAGAGCUCCAGUCAUGGGUUGGGGAGCUCCUGCCAACGCUCGCCAAACCUGAGGAAUUCAAACAGACAUUUUCUGAGAUCGUCAACUCUUUCAAUAACGUGGGCGGAACGAGCAAAGGUAGACAGAUUGCGGCUGAAGACCUUCGUAGAUGCACUGAGCUGUUGGGCUCCUUUCAAAAUAUUGCCCAGAAAGAGCUGGAGGCACCACACGACCCGGCCGACGCCACAAAGCAGGUCAUCAAGUUCACCGGGACGCAGGAUUUGGUUGCCCGAAAAAGCAAGAUGCAAAAGAUAACUACUGGGGUGGAGGUUGGUAUGGUAAUCGUCGCAAAAGAGGCAAUAAAGACCAGCGCCGACAGAACCACUGGAUUGGACCUGACCGGAGUCGAAGACUUUGCCAAAAUGUUGGAAUGCGCCAGGAGCUUAGUAGAAAAGGCGUCCCUCGGCUUGACUGGAAAAGCUCCGCCUGGCGAGGACCCCGCUGCACACCUGGAGUCCGUAGAAGACCCAGUCUAUGCAUAUGCUGGGCCCGAGGCCAUGCUCCAGUUGGACGACUUUGAGGAUCGCCCUCCACUCGAGACACGGCAGGGACAGUCCUGGACUGGCUCUUCCUAG